GCGGCGCCGGCGGUGCCCCGGGCGCGCUCGCACACGCGCUCACACACACACAUACACACGGCCUCGUACACACUCACACACGCUCCGGCGCGCACACGCGGCGCGCAGGCCGGAGGGAGGAGGCUCGGCGGCGGCGGCAGCGUGCUCGGCGGGCGGGCGGCAGGGCUGGCGGGCGGCCCCCGCUCCCCGGCUCGGCGGCUCGGUGCAGCCCGCGCGGCCCCCGCCCUCGGACCCGCCCCCGGGGGUCGCCCGGCCCCAUGCCCUGCAGCGGCGGCGGAGCAGCGCGCGGCCGCGGGCGGCUCUGAGGAGCCCGGAGGGAGCCGGCGACGAGGGGACCAUGUACCGGGACCCGGAGGCGGCCAGCCCAGGGGCACCCACCCGCGAUGUCCUGCUGGUCUCUGCCAUCAUCACCAUCAGCCUUAGCGUCACUGUCGUCCUCUGCGGCCUCUGCCACUGGUGUCAGCGCAAACUGGGCAAACGCUACAAGAACUCCUUGGAGACCGUGGGCACACCAGACUCAGGGCGUGGGCGCAGUGAGAAGAAGGCCAUCAACGAUCUAGACAGAGACUUUUGGAAUAACAAUGAGAGCACAGUGCAACAGAAAUGGAGUUCCUACCCUCCCAAGGAGUUUAUUCUAAACAUUUCACCCUACGCCCCUUAUGGCGACCCACGACUGUCCCUCAAUGGCACUCUCCUGUCGGGCGCCAAAGUGGCCGCCGCGGCGGGGCUGGCGGUGGAGCGGGAAGGCCGGCUGGGGGAGAAGCCGGCGCCGGUGCCGCCACCCGGAGAGGACGCCUUGAGAAGCGGCGGGGCUGCCCCCAGCGAGCCGGGCAGCGGUGGCAAGGCUGGGAGAGGCCGCUGGCGGACGGUGCAGAGCCACCUGGCCGCAGGGAAGCUCAACUUGUCCAAUUUCGAGGACUCCACCCUGUCCACGGCCACUACCCUUGAGUCUAUCCCCAGCUCCACGGGAGAGCCGAAAUGCCAGCGACCCCGCACCCUGAUGCGGCAGCAGAGCCUGCAGCAGCCGCUGAGCCAGCAGCAGCGGGGCCGGCAGCCCAGCCAGCCCACCACCAGCCAGAGCCUGGGCCAGCUGCAGGCCCACGUGGCCUCGGCGCCGGGCUCCAACCCCCGGACCGCUGGCCGGGGCCAGAGUCGGCAGGGCGCCUCGGCCGGCUCCAAGUACCGGGCGGCCGGCGGCCGCAGCCGCUCCAACCCGGGCAGCUGGGACCACGUGGUGGGGCAGAUUCGAAACCGAGGCUUGGACAUGAAAUCCUUCCUGGAAGGCCGGAUGGUGGUGCUAUCCUUGGUCUUAGGGCUUUCGGAACAGGAUGACUUUGCCAAUAUCCCUGACCUGCAAAACCCAGGAACCCAGCAGAACCAGAACGCUCAGGGGGACAAGAGGUUGCCUCCAGGAGGGAAGGCAGUGAACACAGCGCCAGUGCCGGGCCAGACGCCCCACGAUGAGUCUGACCGCCGGACAGAGCCACGCUCCUCAGUCUCGGACCUUGUCAACUCCCUCACCAGCGAGAUGCUCAUGCUCUCCCCAGGCUCCGAGGAGGACGAGGCCCACGAGGGCUGCAGCCGAGAGAACCUGGGCCGGAUCCAGUUCAGUGUCGGCUACAAUUUCCAGGAGUCCACGCUCACCGUGAAGAUCAUGAAGGCCCAGGAGCUGCCCGCCAAGGACUUCAGCGGCACCAGCGACCCCUUUGUCAAGAUCUACCUGCUGCCAGACAAGAAGCACAAGCUAGAGACCAAGGUGAAACGCAAGAACCUGAACCCGCACUGGAAUGAGACCUUCCUCUUUGAAGGUUUCCCCUACGAGAAGGUGGUGCAGAGGGUCCUCUACCUCCAGGUCUUGGACUAUGACCGCUUCAGCCGCAAUGACCCCAUCGGGGAAGUGUCCAUCCCCCUCAACAAGGUGGACCUGACCCAGAUGCAGACCUUCUGGAAGGAUCUGAAGCCAUGCAGCGAUGGGAGUGGGAGCCGAGGGGAGCUGCUCUUGUCUCUCUGCUACAACCCCUCUGCCAACUCCAUCAUCGUGAACAUCAUCAAAGCCCGGAACCUCAAAGCCAUGGACAUCGGGGGCACCUCAGACCCCUAUGUGAAGGUGUGGCUGAUGUACAAGGACAAGCGUGUGGAGAAGAAGAAGACGGUGACGAUGAAGAGGAACCUGAACCCCAUCUUCAACGAGUCGUUUGCCUUUGAUAUCCCCACGGAGAAGCUGAGGGAGACGACCAUCGUCAUCACCGUCAUGGACAAGGACAGACUCAGCCGCAAUGACGUCAUCGGCAAGAUCUAUCUGUCCUGGAAGAGCGGGCCCGGGGAAGUGAAACACUGGAAGGACAUGAUUGCCCGUCCCCGGCAGCCUGUGGCCCAGUGGCACCAGCUGAAGGCCUGAGUGGGGCCAAGGAAGGCCCAGGGGGCUGAGGGCCUGGGUCCCAUCAUGACCACACCACUUUAUGCACAACACCCGGCCUGGCCCCCCUGCCAUGAGUGAGGGGAGGACCCUGAGGGCCCGGCCAGGGAGGGAUCCCAGGAAUCUAUUGGGCCUCAUUUCUAGGAAGUACCAGCCCCAUCCCCCACCGGUCCAGCUCUGGGGGAGGGGCUCUGGGAGCCAUUUUCCUGCUUUGCCCCUUCCCUUCCUGACUUGCUGAUACUAAAGAAGUGGGGGAGAGCGCGAGAGCCAGACGGGCAGAUGGGCAGAUCCCUCCAGAGGCCCGCCAGGUGGGCACGGUCCCCCGUUUUCUUUAAGGCAGUGCCUGGAGUGGAGAGAAGCCCCCCCCUCCCCAGCCCACGAUGUGGGCCCAGGAAGAGGGGAGGCCGAGGCGUUUGGCCCCGGCCUGGCCAGGAGAGGCCCGUCCCAGGGCAGUUUCAGGUGCCGGCUGGGCCCUGAAUGCCGAGGAUAGUAUAUAGCCCGCUCCGGGGUCCUGGAGCCGCAGCUCUGUGUACUUGUGUUGUGUCCACCAUAUGUGUGUGCGUGUGUGUGUGUGUGUAUGGGGGUGGGGGCACUUGCUCCCUGUCCUCCUGGGGCCGGCAGUGCUGAAGACUGCAGAGAGGGCAGGGUUUCAUGAAGUGAGGUAGGGCUGGAGGCUGGGAGGGGUCAAUGCACAGAGCCAGGGGGUGGGA